AUGCAUCAGGCCUGGAAGGAGGUCCGACACGAUCUUCGAAACGCACGAUGGAAUGGGGUUCUUCUAGGGAAAAUCCUGAUUCCACUUCUAGUUGUGCUCUGGGUGAUUGGGCUAAUAGCAAUACCGAUUGUGUUUUUGUACUUCUUCCAGAACAUACAGGGAACGCAGCAGGUGUGCACUCCAGGCGGUCAAUUCAACCUGAACCCAGAAGAUUGGAGUUAUUGGAGUCGAACAGGCUUCUUCCAGAUUACGCUCUCUUUUGGUGACAUGUCAUUUGACAAAGCUAAGCUUAUCGAUGUUAUUUGGGAUAUGGUGGUGGGUCGAGGCGGUCAAGUGUUAAUUGCCUUGUGCAGUUGGCAUGUAUUCGGUCUAUACGUGACUACGUCAAUGGAGACAGCCCCAAUAACGUAUCAUUCGUACCGAGCUGUGUUUCUAGAGACCAGUCCGUCUUUCUGGUCAACUCUGUUUUUAGCCCGGGAUUUCAUCUGGCUCAAAAGUCUUCACUCCAAGAUGGCCAUGUUCUUCAUGAUUUUCACCAUGGUUUUUACGCUUUGUUUCCCUACAUUUGCAAGCGCAAUGACGGGAUAUACGAGCAUCGUCCAAGCAUACGUUCUAGAUCGUCAAAAUGCAAACUGGAUCCGCUUCGACACGUUUGCUCAGGUGAUUUACGUUGUCGACGAUGGCAACAGAAUCGGGCAGACCGAGCCCUACUAUGUUGUUGAUAAGGUUUCGUGGGAUAGUGUGCGUGUAUAA